ACUAAUUCAUUACAUUGCAAAGGGGAGUGACGCAGUUAUUGUAGAUCUAUAGACACUCCAUGCUUUUUCAUAUGACCCGAAAUAACAUUUUUUUCGUAGCUGUGGAAGUGUAGUAUUUCGUAAAUAUUAGCGCAAAAAGUGGGGAUUUCCGCCGUCAUCUGGAGGCUGUAUGUCGAAUCUGUCCGCUCCUUGAAUUUUAUUUUGGAUGCCACUCCGGUUGGAGGUUGCGGUAGACCCCGAGGACUAGAUGCGAUAACCAGAAGGAGAUAUGCCGCAGCCAAAAUCACGAAAAAUCGCCAUCCUCGGGUACAGAUCCGUAGGAAAGUCCUCUUUGACAAUUCAGUUUGUGGAAGGCCAGUUUGUUGACUCCUAUGACCCUACAAUAGAAAACACAUUUACUAAAAUGAUCACAAUAAAUGGACAGGACUACCAUCUCCAGCUGGUAGACACAGCAGGACAGGAUGAGUACUCCAUCUUUCCACAGACCUACUCCAUAGACAUCAACGGUUAUAUUCUGGUGUAUUCAGUUACGUCUAAUAAAAGCUUUGAAGUUGUACAAGUUAUCCAUGAAAAACUGUUGGACAUGGUGGGAAAAGUUCAAGUACCAAUUAUGCUUGUCGGAAACAAGAACGACCUACAUAUGGAGCGAGUAAUCAGUUGUGAAGAGGGAAAAGCAUUAGCUGAAUCCUGGAACGCUGCCUUCAUGGAGUCCUCAGCUAAAGAGAACCAGACGGCCGUGGAGGUUUUCCGGAGGAUGAUCCUGGAGGCAGAGAAGAUGGACGGCGGCGUGCAGCCAGGAAAAACGUCCUGCUCCAUGAUGUAGAGCCGCCCAAUCAACACACAGGACACUGCACUGGGAUAUCCCGUUACUUGAAGGCUAGCUGCCAGUUCUCCUCCACCUCAGCUGAUUCCACCCCAACCCAACCCACCCCACCCCUCCAGGGUCCUAAAUAACCAAUACUGUCUAUUUAUGGCUCUGAUUCCACUGUUAUUUAUCAGUAUUUCCUCUUCCCUUUUUGUCAUCCUUGGUUUUCUUUGUGUGUUUGAAAAAAAAAAAAAAAGAGGAUGAGUGGCGGUUCCUUUGUCUUCUAUGUCCCACAGUCCACCCCUCAUCCAUCUCUGUGCUCCGCACUGAUGCAAAACA